CCAACCUGUGAACGAUUUCGGCUGCACUCCCUGACUCUUCCCGAACUCUGCAGUUGUCUUUCCUAGCGGCAUCUCCCUCCCCUUUCGGCCCUGGCUGCAGAAAUGUGCUCAAUUAGGGUUAACUCAAACUGAAUCAAACUUCAUGCCUGAGGUUGGAAAUCUUCCCAGUCAACUCACCACAGCCACAUAGCAUGGUGGGAGACAAGGCGAGAGGGGAGAUGAACGCUUUUCAGAGAAACGAAUCCAAGGAAACUUUGUUCACUUUUAUUUCUGCAGGAGAUGAUCCCCCCAAAGGAGAUUUCCCUGUUCAGAAAAAAUCCCCGAAACUCUGUGGUUCCAACUACCCCCUGAGCAUUGCCUUCAUCGUGGUGAACGAGUUCUGCGAGCGCUUCUCCUACUAUGGCAUGAGAGCUGUCCUGACGCUGUAUUUCAUAAGCUUCUUCCACUGGGAUGAGAAUCUCUCCACUGCUGUGUACCAUGCCUUUUCUGCUCUCUGUUAUUUCACACCUGUCAUUGGAGCCAUCAUGGCAGACUCGUGGCUGGGGAAAUACAAGACAAUCAUCUACCUCUCCAUUGUGUACGUGAUCGGCCAUCUGAUCAAGUCAGUGGGCGCAAUUCCAUCCCUGGGCAACCAGGCGGUUCACGUGGUCCUGUCUAUGGUUGGUCUGUUUUUGAUCGCCCUUGGAACGGGAGGUAUCAAGCCCUGUGUCUCUGCAUUUGGUGGGGACCAGUUUGAAGAGGAACAUACCUCGGAGAGAAGCAAGUUUUUUUCCGUCUUCUAUUUAUCCAUUAAUGCUGGAAGUUUGAUCUCCACGUUUGUAACUCCUGUAUUAAGAGGGGAUGUGAAAUGUUUUGGAGAGGAUUGUUAUGCACUGGCUUUUGGUGUCCCAGCAGCACUGAUGGUGUUGGCGCUUGUUGUGUUCAUUGCUGGAAGUGGGCUGUACAGAAAAAUGCCCCCACAAGGGAAUGUCUUACUUGAAGUGUGCAAAUGCAUUGGAUUUGCUAUUAAAAACAGGCUGAAAAACCGCUCCCAUCAUAUUCCAAAGAGAGAUCACUGGCUCGACUGGGCAUCAGAAAAGUACUCGAAACAGCUGAUUGGGGAGGUUAAAAUGGUGACACGCGUUCUCUUCCUCUUCGUACCACUGCCGAUGUUCUGGGCGCUGUUUGAUCAGCAGGGAUCCAGGUGGACUUUGCAAGCCACAAAGAUGAAUGCUGAUUUUGGAAUAUAUGUCCUUCAGCCUGACCAAAUGCAGUUCUUAAAUCCACUUCUUAUUCUUGUCUUCAUCCCAAUUUUUGACCUUGGGCUCUACCCUCUGAUAAGCAUGUGCAAAUUUAAUUUCACGCCUAUUAAGAAAAUGGCAACAGGUAUGAUCCUUGCAGGGAUGGCGUUUGGACUUGCAGCUAUUGUAGAAGUCAAAAUAAAUGAAACCGAUAUGCCUCAACUUGUCCCAAAAGAAAGUUUAAUUCAGGUCCUGAAUUUGGCAAAGAACCCUGUUCAAGUGACAAUCCAAGACCAGGACCUAUUUCAGCAGCCUGUGGAGGCUUUUCAGAACCCAGCUGAGUACUCAAAUUUGAUAUUGAAUGGCGAGCAACAGAACCUUCACUUCGUCCUGCAACAUCAAGGAUUGUCUCUCACUUUUAACUACACCGCGAAGGAAAAAUCAGUAUACAGCUUAAUUGUUUUUGAGGCAGAAGGAAGCCUAUCAAGUCGCCUAAUUACAGACUUGAAAGCAAAGCCAGAAAAUGGUUUGGCAGCUGUUAGAUUCAUUAAUGGUUUGAGCCAAGAUGUCAACCUCACCAUUGACAGCAAACAGUUUGUUGCUGUUCAGAAAAACUACGGUGUUUCUGAGUACUUGCUGCUAGAGAGGGACAAAUACAACGAUGGAAAAUGCAUAACUGAAAUGGGGGAAUUCACCCUGGACCUUGGGCUGCUUGACUUUGGCGCAUCGUACACUGUUGUGGUAACUAAUGUUUCUGGAGAUGCUGUUAAGACAUGGAAGUCAGAAGACAUCAAAGCCAAUAGUGUCCAUAUGGCUUGGCAGUUACCACAAUACUUACUAAUAUCUGCUGGAGAAGUGAUGUUCUCCAUUACGGGUCUGGCCUUCUCCUAUUCCCAGUCUCCAGCCAGCAUGAAGUCGGUGCUGCAGGCAGGUUGGCUGCUCACGGUGGCUGUUGGGAAUACCCUUGUGCUCGUCGUUGCCCAGGCUGCACCAAUGGCACAGUGGGCUGAAUUUGUCUUGUUCACUGUUCUACUCUUUGCCGUGUGCAUUAUUUUCUCCAUCAUGGGAUAUUUCUAUGUCAGUGUGGAUCCAGAGGACCUACAAGAAAAGGAAGAGAAGACAGAGACCCCAAGCAGAGGAAACAUGAUUAGUCUCGUUACUCAGAAAACAAAGCUCUAACACAUCAUGGGGUUGGGAUCUUUUUUUUUUCUUUUUUUUCUUUUUUUAACUCGGUAGAUGGUAGGGUGAAAGAAAGAUGGGGACAAUGUUAUUUUAUUUUAAGCACUGUAGUCUUUAUUACUCAAAAUGUAGCCACCAUCUAAAUGGGACAAAAUAGCCCUCUAUAUAAACAGUAGGGGUCCUGAAAUCAGAGCAAAUUUCCCUGGGAAAGCUCGUCUGGUAUUAAAUGCGCUUAUAAGUAAAUACAGUGUAAUUUAGAACCUGCCCAUCUUCCUAAGCAAGGGAUACUUUCCUAUGAUUUCGUUUUAAACAUAUAUUUAGGGCAGCAGGGAGGAAGGGUGGAGGGCAUGCCAGAUGACAGCAAAAGCUGGAGAUGUUGGGGGAAAAGGAUGAAAACCCAGUAUAGGAAUCAGGAAAUAAUAGAGAUGAUGGAAGGUUUUUUUAAUGCAAUCAUCACUGACUGGAAGAGUUACAAUCCCAAAAGGUUUCAUCAUGUAACUCUCCUUAUGAGUAUUUCACCCCAUUAUUGCAAAUUAUGAAUGGCCCUGAUUUAUGACUUUCAGCUCCAGGCCCAGAAGUAAUAACAGGGAAUUAAAUGCUGCAGGCUCAAAUAUUCCCCAAACACUACUGAACAAGAUAUGCAUGCUACCAUCUCUCUAAUACAUGUUUUUUCUUAGAAGUUUGCAGCGACUGAUAGUAUCCUUUGAUUAGACAUGAUUAGAGAAUUGGUUUAUACUUUUUUACUUCAGGAAUCCAGGCAGUUAUUUGCCAUCUUAAGCUUAUAUUGGACAUUUCCUUUGACAGUACCUGCCACUGCAAGUUAGGGUAUGGCUGUUUUCUCAUCUCAUGCUUCAGUUAUUCCCCACUGGGAGACACACUGCAGCAGUUUCUAUAAAAUUCCAGGUAUCCCGCAGUGACUUAAACAAGGAUGCACUUUAUCAUUUUUUUUUCAGUCUACAAAAUGAGACCAUGGCAUAUGAGAUUUUCCUACCCGAUUUUCUGUCUCUCUACCAAACUUUGGAUAUAGGUAUUUUAGCAGAAUUGUGAUAUAACUGUCUGAUUUUCCUUCCUUACAUGAAGCUGUAGUUGUUGUUGUUGUUCUGCAUUAGAAUUAUUUCAACCAUUGCUGAUGUAGUAAAACUGCCAAGCCAGCCCCUGCCUUCCUCUGCCACUCCAAGGCUGCAGUUGGGCCAGGUAUGGCUUACUUUACAAAAGGGCUGUCAAUAGGAUUUUCAGGUUCACAGAGAAUAGAUUUUUGAUGAUACUUUCCUCUUCCAACUUGGCAUUGGUUAUAUCAUGAAAUACACGUUUAAUUUCACUCCUGUUCAGGGUGGUGCUAGGGAAUAUGCUUAACUUGACAUCUCUGGUACUUUAAUGUGCUCCUGUGUGUGUGUGUUCUUGAAUAAGACUGAGAAAACCCCACGUUUUGGUUUGCACCUGGAAGA